UGACCUCAUCUGCAGUAUUUACACACACACACACGCACACACACAUCCACUGCUGUCAGAUCGACUGUGCACCUCCAGCUGGGUCAGGGCGCAAUGAUUUGCCACAGAUGUCCCGAUAGAGUGACAUUUAGGAGAUUUAUCGCAAUUCCGAGUGAAGAAUCUGAUGUUUAAUUUCCUGUGAGAGGAUGCGCGAACGAGAGAUGGCCGGUAACGGCGGGCAGCUCGGCGUGCGUCACUGGACCCCGAAGCACGUGGGCCGCUGGCUGCGAGAAGAGGGUUUCUGCGAUUACGUGGACCUGCUGUGCAACAAACACCGUCUGGACGGAACCAGCCUGCUGACCCUGAGCGAGUACGACCUGCGCUCUCCUCCGCUGGAGCUCAAGGUCCUGGGAGACAUCAAACGGCUGAUGGUUUCUCUCAGGAAGCUGCAGAAGCAGAACGCUGACGUGUUGGAGGAGCUCGGACUGUCCUACGACGGACACUCGCCUCAGAACAGUGCAGGUGGAGUGGACUGGUUGUGUAACGGUGAAUCUGUGCGGGAUUGCGAUGCCGUUCUGGAUGCGUUGAGCGGCGACCAGUAUCACCAGUACAACAACGGCAAAUACAAGCAGCAGCCACGGAGACUGGACCCGGAGUACUGGAAAACCAUCAUCAGCUCCGUCUACGUAGUCUUCGUCUUCGGCUUCACGUCGUUUGUCAUGGUGAUCGUCCACGAGCGAGUGCCAGACAUGAGGACGUACCCACCGCUACCUGACAUCUUCCUGGACAGUGUACCCAGAAUCCCCUGGGCUUUUGCGAUGGCCGAGGCCUGUGGCGUGAUCCUCUGCUCUAUUUGGCUGCUAGUUCUGCUGCUUCAUAAACACAGGUCGAUCCUGUUGAGACGGUUGUGUAGUCUCAUGGGGACGGUCUUCAUGCUGCGCUGCGUCACUAUGUUUGUGACGUCUCUCUCUGUACCGGGUCAACACCUGCAGUGCACUGGGAAGAUAUACGGUGACAUGUGGGCGAAGCUUCAGCGCGCUGUGGCCAUAUGGAGCGGGUUUGGAAUGACCCUCACCGGUGUCCAGACGUGUGGAGAUUACAUGUUCAGCGGACACACCGUCGUUCUCACCAUGCUCAACUUCUUCGUCACAGAAUACACGCCGCGCAGCUGGAACUUCAUCCACACGCUGUCGUGGGUCCUGAACCUGUUCGGGAUCUUCUUCAUCCUGGCGGCUCACGAGCAUUACUCCAUCGACGUCUUCAUCGCCUUCUACAUCACCACCAGACUCUUCCUGUACUACCACACGCUGGCCAACACACGCGCCUACCAGCAGAGCCGCCGCGCGCGCAUCUGGUUCCCCAUGUUCUCCUUCUUCGAGUGCAACGUCAACGGACCCGUGCCGAACGAGUACUGCUGGCCCUUCGCUCGACCCACCCUACUCAAACGACUCAUCCGCUGACCGGCGCACACGUCUGUACUGUGAUUCUUGCGUUGCCAUGAUGUAGAGGAGGCCAAACACCGCAUCUGACCCCUCGAUCAACAGCACUCCGCUUCCUCCUGUAGCUGUCGGUCUUUAAAGGGAUUUCUCUUCCCAUCACUGUGGAUUUCAGCUUAUUUAUGGAAAUAAGAAAUCAUUUUAUUCUUCAUUUUAUGCCAGACACUAAAACUACUAAACUGGAACUACAGAAGUCUUGCUUUUCCUGCUGACAGGAAACUUUUAGGCCUCUUGAAAUGGUUUGCAUGGCAGUAUUCAUUUCGCCUAGUUUCAUAAUACUAGAUACUUGAUGUUGUAAAUUCCUCAUUUCUCUCAAAGACAUUCAACAUCGUAAACAUACUGACAUGAUCAACCGUUGAAGCAAUAUAGAACAUCUUAAUGUUCUUUUAAAAUCUUUGUGGGAAACCGUAUGAUUUUAAUUCAAUUAUGAUCGCUGAGUAGGUCUUAUUGCCAUUUAUUGUUGCUAUUUUCAUAGUGCAGAUUUUAUUUUGGCAGUAUUAGUAUCUAAAUGGAAUGACAAAAUGAAAAUUCUGUGUUUAAGACUUCAGAUUGUCCCCUGUAUUUCAGUGAAUCUCACAAAAUAUUUAAAAAUACAUAAAUAUAUAUAUAUAUAUAUAUAUAAUAAAAUAU